AUGAAUUAAUCUGUUUUAUUAGAGAUGUAACUCAGAGAGGCUCUUGAUAGAGAGAUAAAUCUAAAAAAACUUAAUGAAUCCUUAAUGUAAGCUAUGAGUGGAAUAGCAAAUUAAGAAAAAGGCAAAGAAAUUCAUUUAUUAAAUUAACUGCAUGAUUAAGAAUUAUUGAAUCUAAAAAGUACUCUUUAAGAAAAAAUAACAAUUGUUGAAUAUGAAGUAAGAUUUAAUUAUUAUUAUUUUCAGCAUCGCAAGAAAUGUCAAGAGUUUAUAUAAUUGUAAAAUGAUUAUAAGUAAUUAUUAUAAGAAUAGGAAGAUGAGUAUAUAUAUUAUAAUUAUUAUGAAUUAGAAAAUGUUUAAGAUGUGUUGAAUUAUAAUAUUAAUUGAGUUUGAUGAUAAAAUAAAAUGAAAUUGAAAAAGAGGGACUAGCACAUGAAUUUGCAGAUGCAUUAAGUAAUCAGAAAUCUAUUUUUGAAUAUGUAUAUAUUUAUCUUUUUACUAUUUAAUAGGAUUUGAAUUGUCUUAAAAUAAAACUCAAUUAGCUUACUUACUAAUUGGAUUGUGAGUGUAAAGACAAAGAAAAAUUGUAAAAUACUAUUGAAGAAUUAAAUAAAACUCAUGAUUAAGCAGUAAAUUGUAAUUAUAAAUUAGUAAAGAAACUUAAUGCAAUAAAUUGCUGAUUUAAACAGAUCACAUAAUGAAACAAUCACUUACAAUAAUCAAUAUUAAUUGAAUAAUUAAUAGAGAGAUUAGAUCUAAACAGCAAGGCUUACCCAGAAUGAAUAAGAGAAAUUAAUUUUGGAAAAGUAACUAUUAGAAUAUAAGUAAUUACUUUAAUCUAUAACUAAUAUAGAGAGAUUAAUUAUAAAUUGGAUUCUUAACUUAAAAUAUUGAAUCAGCAAUUACAUGAUAAAGAAACUAAAUUAGUUGAAUAAAAAACAGAAUUAACAAAAAAGUUGCAUAAUGAAAAAAAAAUUGCAGAAUAAUGUUAAGUAGUCGCUCUCAAAUUGAAAAAUGACUUUUAAAGAAAAUAGUCUCUCUUAAUAGAAGAUUCUCUCAAAAAAGAAUAGCAAUUAAAAACUAUUUAAACUCAACUUACAAGGUAGAAAAGUAAAAAUAAAUUUUAUGUAAAUGCUCUUAAUUAAGUUAAUCUUUAAGAAAUAAAGAAUGCUACUCCUAAAUAAAUUAAGCAUAAAAAAAAUAAUCAUUCUAAUGAUUAUAAUUCUUCUCGUUAACCUGGACAUUAAAAAGUAAAUCUUUUAUAUAUAUAAGAAUACUUUAAGUUAAGGAAAUAUUGGAAAAAUUAAAUUAUUACCAUCAUCUAUUCUUAAAAGUGAAGCUGAUUCUAUAUAAUUUAAUCUAACAGAUAUGCUUAAUUCAACCAGAAAUAUAGAUUAACAAAAUUUAUCUUGUAGAUAAUCUAAUGAUGAUAUUACUUACAACAUUGAACAAUUCAAUUGUGUGGCUAAAAUUGUAUUGCUUUUAUAUUUAAGUCUAAGAUCUAAACCAAUGAAGAUUCAGUCACUCCAACAUAAAUAUUAACAGAUAGAUAAUUAUCUCCUAGAACUAGAAGUAUUCUCUAAUCUAUAAUCAUUAAUAGUUCAAACAGUGAAUCCUAAGGGACCUGCAUAAAAAGUAAGAUAAAUACAAGCAGAUUUAUCUAAAGAAAAUGUUAUUGUGAGAUAUAAAACUUGA